GGAGGUGAGACAUGGAUACAAGGCUUUCGAAUUGUUACCUCUUGAAUUUCUCUAUAUAACAAAAUGGGAUCAUUCAAGUCAAGAUGAUUCCAAUACUGAUAUUAUGGUUAAGUCUGAAGCUCCUAAAUAUAUGAAAAUAUUGACUCUUAAGGUAGGACUUGAUAAAAUUGGUAACGAA